GCACCCCCUUCGUCAAGAGCUCGCCUGCCGGUGACUGCGAGAGGAGCGGGCGCUCCGACAGGAAGAGAUGGGGUUCACAGGCAGCCUGAAGCGAGCCCGGGAGGAGAAGGGCGCGCCCAUGGCGUCCCGCAUCCGUGAUCCCCCACCACCACCUGACAGGAGGCCAGAAGUGACGACCCAUGACGCGCUCCGCUUCUUGGCGACUAUGAAGCGCGAGCUCGCCGACGACACAAAAAAGUACGACGAGUUCAUCACCGUCGUGGUCGAGUUCAAGGACGGGAGGAUGGAUGCAACCAGCUUGAUCGAGUACGUCACGGUCCUGCUCGCCGGGCACCCAGAUCUCCUCCGCGGCUUCGACAAAUUCGUGCCAUUAGAUUACAAAGUAUCUCAUGGACAAGAAGCAGGGGCGAAGUGAUGGCAUCUGAUAUCGUUGGUAGUUGGGCGGGCCUUUGGUCAUACUGAUCGAAUGGAGGUUUUAUUCGCUCUCAGCUCUGCUAUGUAUGGCUAAACAUUGCUAGCCCCUGCUUUCUUUCGUAUGGAUCUGUUUGUACAUCGGGUGCCCGGUUCUACACCGGCACUGCUUGUUUGGAUUGUGGAGUUUCCAGAAUUAUAAUUCUGGGUUUGUGUUUGACA